UACGACGACGACGUCGACGUCGACGACGACGGUGGCGACGGUGGCGAAGGCUGGACGACGCUGACGGCGCUCACUUCAAUCCUCGCCGCGUGUCCGUCGACCCGGACGACAAUCUCGAUCUUUUCCUUCUCUUUUUUUCUCUUCUUUCUUCGUUUCUUUGUCCUCGUCGUCAUUAUCAUCAUCAUCCUAUUCGUCGCCGAAUACGAUUCGCGCGUUUUUCAUAAAGACGAGAAAUAUCGGACGAUAAGCGACUCGAUUAAGAGCCGUGUAAUGUUCAUUCGUGUGUGUCUUGUGGCACCGAUCUCGUCUCGAAAGUCCGAUCGUCUAUAAUAGUUCACGGGCACAUACCCUCGGCGAAUACAAGGAGGAUCAACGACUUCGGACGAUAACAAAAGGACUCUAUGACGAAGUUCGCCAACAACGACGACGACGACGACGUUCGAUCGUCUCGGACGAGGAUCGAUGUGAUUUAUUCUUCCUACCACGCGAUAAAGAGAGCGGUGAUACUGGCGAGAUAACGCGCCAACGGGAGAACGAAGAAGAAGGAGAAGAAGACGACGAUGUCGGACAGCGUGAUCUCUUGAAUUUUGCGCGGACUCUAUCCCAAUCUCCGAAAUCCUUCGGACAUUCUUUUUAAGACGAUUUUUCUCUUUCUUUCUUCUCUCUCUCUCUCUCUCUCUCUUUUUCUUUUAUAUUCUGUCCUCUUCGAAAUUCGAAUGACUCGCUCGUUGAAAGUCGCAUUUUUAAGUGACAGUGAGGACAGAUCGAGGAACUUAGGACGUCCAGCACGUGCACGGACAAUGCCUGCCGAACGUCCGUCGUAAGACCGAAUGGAACUUUAAGAGCUGAACUUUCACGUGGCCUACUUCGGUAAAGUCCUUCGUGACUGGAGGGCACGCAAGAAUGUCCAAGAGAUGACUGGACAGUGAGAGAAGGUGCGGUGGCUCUUGAGCUUGCUGUCACCGUGGCUUCUUUUCGACGGAAUGGAGGUAAACGGGACUCAAAGUAGCCUGAACGGCACCGAGGCCAAUCGUACGACAGCACCAAUCUUUACCAUUGGCACUGACUUCAUUACGCGAUGGAAGCUGAAAAGGCAACGAGAGCGUCUCUGCAGAUACGUGUACAAUCAGAUUUUGACAGCGGAAUGUACUCAGUUGAAUGGAACUUGGCCUGAUCCCGAUGAUCCACGCUGGAGUAGCGGUGAAUACGGGGAACUUUUGCCCGAAUGGUUCCCAACGAAUGCAACCAAUAUUUCGAUUCCAGGAAAUAUAACAACCCCAAUGUCACUGGAUAUAGCACCGGUUUUACCACCCUUCGAGCUCUGGCAAACGGUCCUGAUAGCUAUAUGUCUUGCGAUAUGUAUACUACUGACAGUGGGUGGUAAUAUUCUUGUAUUAUUGGCAUUUAUCGUCGACAGAGCCAUCAGACAGCCGAGCAACUAUUUCAUUGCGUCGUUAGCUGCCACUGACAUGCUCAUUGGUACAGUCUCAAUGCCAUUCUAUACGGUAUAUGUUCUAAUGGGCUAUUGGAAUCUUGGACCUCUACUCUGCGACCUAUGGCUAUCCGUAGACUACACAGUUUGUCUGGUGUCACAGUACACGGUCCUCUUGAUUACGAUCGAUCGUUUUUGCUCGGUGAAAAUCGCUGCGCAAUAUCGCAGCUGGCGUACAAAGAAUCGUGUCAUCUGGAUGGUGACUAUUACUUGGAUCAUACCGGCACUUCUCUUCUUCAUCAGUAUAUUCGGUUGGGAACACUUUAUCGGCUACAGGGACCUUAAUCCGGGACAGUGCGCGGUGCAGUUCCUUAAAGAUCCAGUGUUCAAUACCGCGCUUAUAAUCGGUUAUUAUUGGACGACGCUGAUCGUUCUCUUCAUUCUCUACGGAGGAAUUUAUAAAACCGCCUACGACAUGCAAAAGAAAAGCGAAAUGAAGCAGAGGAAAAUGCAAUCGAUGGUGGCGUUGAGUGCUGGUGCCAUGUCCGGGAUGGCUGGUCGAGCAGCCGGUAUAGGUAUGUCAAAGACUCAAAGUACCUUGUUGAGUCAAGAUAAGCCAAGAGUGAGCUUGUCGGGUGGUCAAGAAGAUAAUACGAUUGGUGCCGAUAGCGGACAAAAGUCGUCUAAAGUUUCGGGAUCUGGUGGAACAGAAGAUGCUGCGGACAAGGUCACCUGUGCCAGUACAAUGCCUACGGAAACAGAAAAGUCUGAACGCUCUAGUAGCCCGGCCUUCGACUCCGACGAAGAAAGUACCGUCGGGCCGUCUCAACAGCUGAGUAAUAUCAAGAAACGUUCGUCUCUUGCCGGCAUGGUUGUCCAAUCCGGGGCGCUUCAAAUGUUCGCCACCAACGGUCGAUUGAACGGCAUCGUACCUGUUAAGAUCGAAACAAGCAUACCAACCACGAAGAAAAUCUUACCGACGACGAGCCCGGUCUGCGAAUCUAGCACGAUGACUCAGAAAGGCCAAACACUGCCGAAGAUACAGGAGCUCAGUCUUCUAGAUACCGAUAAUCCCAUCGAGCCAGACAAAUCGAGUAGUCAAACGUUAACCCCAGAACAAUCACUAAAAUCUAUCGAUGUUUACAGUAGUAAACAAGUGACCACGUCGAACGAAGAAGCAACACCGCUCGUUCAAAGCCGACAACUUUCGCUGAAUAGUUCUCAACAAAAUAUCAUACCACCACCCACGCAGUUUCAAAGCAGUCCACCAAUAACGGGAAGUCCCUCGACCUCGUCGUCCGGUGACAGACCGAAGUCUUUGGUCGUUUCCAGUCAUGGUCAAGGUACCUUCGACAUUCUAACUGGCCUCGACGGAGCCGACUUGAGGUACAUGGAUGAAAGUUCGGUCAUUCUCCCGAGUCCUUCAUACGAAAGCCCACCAUCUUCUUUCUCGUGCAGUUUAGCGAACCCUCUUUCGACGGCACCAUCAUCACCUAUUCUCUGUAAUGCGGUUUCUACGGCGACUACGACUAGCUUGUUACAAGCCGCGCUCCUCAGAGCAACUCAGCAAGCUGGCGCGAAUCAAAUGGCUCCAUUGAACAAACAGGCUCAACAACAGCAACCUGCGAUGUCGAAUGCCUCGAGUCAAACGCAUCCACCACGUGUCUUCAUCACCCAACAAACAAACGCCGCAUCUCAAACGUCUCCUACGGUGAGCAAAGUGCAUACCGAAGUAACUGUCAAGGCUGAAGACACUAAACGUCAACCAGUUACGUCUGUGAUCGGUAUCGCGAAGAUCGUUGAGUCAUCCAAUAGUACUACCGAGAGAUUUUCUGAUCAAGCGACUGAGAGAUUCUCCGAUCAAGGCACCAAGAUCAACAAUAAUCCACCGCAGAAUUCAUCGUCAAGUAGUAUGGUACCAACGAUUUCUGGUACAGACGGACAAGAGACUAAAAAACAAUCAAAAAAGAGAGGAACUGAAAAUGAGGAAGAAAGCGGCUCUAGAAGAGACUUCGUCAAGACUAUUGGCAAACGAUUAAAAGCCAAAACUCAGAGAAAUCCGACAAUGGGACGACAAAAGUCAAGGACUGAAAACAGAGCACGCAAAGCCUUCAGAACGAUAUCUUUUAUUCUUGGAGCUUUUGUUGCCUGUUGGACACCUUAUCACAUUCUGGCUCUCGUCGAAGGCUUUUGUACGAAUCCUCCGUGUACGAAUGAACAUCUCUUCAUGUUCUCCUAUUUCUUGUGCUAUGCAAACAGUCCAAUGAAUCCCUUCUGCUAUGCUCUGGCCAAUCAACAAUUUAAGAAAACCUUUACGAGAAUACUUAAGGGUGAUCUACACAUGACGUAAAUAAGGCAUCGCGUCGAAUAGGUAAAGUAGUAUGUCUUACCUACUUCUGUUUGAAAAUAUGGUAAAUGCUAUAAAAAAGAAAAAUUAAAUAAAAAUUCGACUCUAAGGCCUUCCAUAACGCGUAUCGAAAUAUUCCCAUCGUAAUUGCGGUGAAAACGGACAAUAAUCUAGUCAAGCGGCGUCUCGUAAAAAUAAAUCUAUGUAUUACGAGCUUUGUGUAUAUAGAAGAAAACAUUUUUUGUUGACAUCGUUCGACAUCUAUAUUCAGGUGUACAUAUUGUAUAUGUGUGAAUAAUUGUUGAAAUUUGUGUUACAAAAAAAUAGAGAAACAUGCUGAAAUCGUAUCAAGUAACGUAGUUUUUAGAGAAGCAACUAUCGUAUCUCGUAUCGAUUAAAGAUAAUAAUUAAUUAUACCGUCGAUGGACACUCAAUGUAAGCUCGAAAACAUCGACUUUGUGGUAAAAGAACGACGAUGUGCUUUGAAAGCACAACCGAAAGGAACGGAAGAUAUAGGUACAUAAUUACUAUUAUUUCUCAAUGAAGACUGUACAGAAAAGCGUCAAUAUAUUUGCAAUGUUCCCUUCGUCGUGCGAUUAAAUGUCUUGAGAAGAGAAAGUACUUUAAACGCGAACCUAUUCCGCGAAGCAAAUCAAUUGACUUUUUCAUUCUUAAAUACAUUUUUUAAAGCGACCUGUCCACUUCUGAAAAUAAGAUCGAUAUCCUAAUUAGAACGGUGGAAAGCCUCGAGGCGUAGAAUGCUUCACGUUAGAAUGAUAGAUUAUAUUUAACGAGUCUCUUAAAUGUACAUUUAAUAAGCUUGAUUAACAAGAAAAUAUAUCGAACGUUGUUUCGUUCGCCACAUGAAAGACAAAAAGUGAAAAAAUGCUUGAAAUAAUUAACAUAGAAUAUUGUACGAACCUUAGUGACGUUCUAUACAUACGAUCUAUCUUGAUCGAUCAGACUUCGAGUCCAAAAUGCAAAGACGAAAAAUGUCAUUCAAUGGCUGCAUGUAUUUACUAGCGAAAGAAGUAAAAAAAAAAAGAAGCUAUUAAAAACUUUCGAUGACACGCGGCUAUUUUUUACGAGCAACGAAAUGGGUUAGAGCAGCUCGUUUCGAGAAAAUAUCGGAUGUUCGAGGAUUUCAUCGUGGAGCCAUAUUGGAUCCAGAUACACACUGCCCUGGGGUGGCCUAUCGAUGCGCAGGCCUUUUUCUCUGACCUUUCUCGAAUAUAAUAUUUCACUCGGGACGAGCGAUCGUUCGUACUUCGAUGCGAGCGAUGAUUAUGCUACUUAUUCGAUCGUUAAUACCGCUUCGAGAAAUUUUUUGUUGCUUCUUUAAAUUUCUUUUCUUCUUUUUCUUUCUUAUGCUACGAGCUUCAAGCCGAUCGAUCAUUUUUAUUUUUACAAAAUAUGUAAGAUUGAUUUAUUGAAUAGGAGAAAAAUUGAAAAGUGUCAUGAUUAUAUUCUUUUCUUCCUUUUGCUUUCUUUAAUUUUUAAAUUCAAAUGCUAGCAACUAAAGUGAUCUCCUUCCGAAAAGUAAAACCUAAGAUAAACUACGUUGUUAUAUGUGUAACUGCUUGUAUAGAUACUUCCAAGGUUCUGUAAAAUUCGAGAGAUACUUAUAAUACGGUAUGUAUAUGAUGAAGCUUAUUUGCUGCUACGCAUCGAAAUUUAAUUAAACAAUAAUACGAGCACUAACGCGAACACAAAUGUGUGGAUGCAUGGAUGCGCGGUAUGCGCUAUAAGCACAAUAAGCGCAAAGUUAGCGCAAAGUAAGCUCAAAGUAAGCGUAGAUCGAUAGAUACAUGGAUACGUGGAUUCGUGAAUUCACGAAUGAAUGAAUGAAUGGAUGUACGUAUGAAUGAUAUGUGUAUGUAUGUAUAUCUAUAUACGUAUGUAUGAUUCACACUUUAUUGUGAUUUCCGUCAAUAUCAUUCCAUUCCAUACUCCAUAUUAAGUAUUGGAGAAACAAAUAAUUAUCGUUAAGUUAUUAUAUUCUUACGGAGUGGAAUGCAAUAACAAAUUUUUGGCACUUUGGACAAUUUCCAAAAUUCACUGCCAAUGCUAAGAGUCAUUUCUUCUUUGCGAUUACUCUUGAAAAAAUUUAACACGCAUAUUUUCGAUGGACGUCACUCUAAGCUGAAGGGAAUACUAUAACGUGAUUUAGAUCGCUGUAUCAAAAAUAUCUCAUAAAAAAAUCGCUUCUUCGUAUUCCGUUUCCCACUCGACACCUAAAAACAAUUCUACUUUACAAAAUGUCGAAUAAUAAAAUUAUCGUUUCUUGUACAAAGAUAAAUCACACAGGGAAUAUAACGUCGUCUCGACGUUAUGCGAUGUAAUUAGUAUGUGUAUAGAAAGAAAUAUGUAUGUACUACGUAGUGUUAUCGAUAACGGGGCAAUAUGUAGAGAAUAAAUAAUAGCUAUAUACAGUAUGAUUUUAAGAUUGUCCUAAGGACGAUUCACACGAAAUAAUAAGCCGCAUAAAGCCUAUGUAUAAUAUUUCAAUUCCGACGAUCGAAAAACCCGAGUUUACGUACUUCGUAUUAUUAAUUACGAUGAUGCUUUUUUUACAUAUAAAGCAGAUAAAUUAGAUAUUUAUUGUAAAUGAGAAAAUGAAACAAAAAGAAAAUAAUAGAAAAGAAAAGAGGAUGCGCUGUUAACCAAGGAAAAGUGGCAUAUACUCGAUAUUAGAAAUUAUGACUGGGAUAUCUUAGAAGAUUCAACAUGUUUCCAUUCUUCGCUUAAGAAAGCCUCCAUUUCGCGUUCACACUUCUCAUUCAUCUCGAAACAAAUGUUCUCUACCUCAAGACAAGAUACAUAAUAAGGAAGACAAAGAGCUAUAAGUCGGUUUCGACGCUAAAGCAACUCUGAUCGCAUAUCAAAGAACGGUUAAAUAUUCGUACGGCAAAAACUAUUAUUUCUUUAUGAAUGACUCUUUUUUUUUUAAAUAAAGAGAAUGAAGAAUUAAUAAAAAAAUCGAGAGCAAGAACAUUGAUCGUUCCACGGCGCAUAUCUAAGUGGCGAUAAACAUCGUUAAUUCAUUUUCCAAUUUGGCCUAACGAUACGGAAACUUGUUUCCACGCUAAUGAACUAAAGUAUAACGUAAUUAAUGAGUUAGCUGCUCGAAAAAUACCUUUUAUGAUACAUUCAAAAAAACGAAAUUGUACGGUAUAAAGUGUAUAGAAAAUCAUUUCAAUUGUAUUUUAUUUGAGAUUUAAUGAUUGAGAGAGACAGUCGAUGCUAUUAUAAAUUUGAAAAUUGUUCGUGAAUUUAGGAACAUUUACAAGUUAUCAGUUUGUUAAAGAAAAAAAAAAAGAAAAAAGAAAAAUACAGGAAAAAAUAUGAUUAUAAUAAUUACGUUGUAAUUUUCUAAAUUCUCCUAAUUAAUACAUGGGAUCAACAAAGGAAACACAUUAUCAUUAAAUUCUAGACAAUACCGUUUGCGCGUGCUCUCGCUUGACAAUCUCUAUUUCACUGACCCUUGAAGGUUAUUAAUAUAAUCAACAUGUUUUUUACUUAGAGCACUACUUCGUAUUUUUGUGUUUAUUUCGCGCUUAAUUUCUUCGACUAUAAAUAAUAAAAUUCUAUCGUUAAUACACAUAUAGAGCUGUGCACGUGUAUAAAAUGAUCUUGAAGGGUCACGUGUGUAAAAAUCAGAACAUUUAUGUCUAUGGCAAACGUAAUGUCCUCCGAUAUAAUAUAUAAAUAUAUAUGAGAAAAUUAGAAUGAAAUGUAUAUGUAUUAAUGACAAAAUGUCAUAUAAAUAUAAGAUCUGUUGCUUAAUUGUGAAAAUAAAUAUUUAGUAUCCGAUGCGAUGUAGUUAUCGAUGAGAACCUGUGAAAUUCAAUAAAGAAACCUAUUGUCCGAGGGAGCUAUAUUGUUUGCUUAAAAUAUGCACGUAAUUACGGACGACGUGAAAGUACAAUAAAACAACUUUGCGCUCUAAGAAUCGAACGAUUGUCUUGUAAAAAAAAUUGUUAACGAUAUUAAUUAUAUUCGCCGAUUGAACAUCUGUCUACAAAUAUCGACAUACCUUUUAAAAUAACUGCGCACAAAACUUACUUGUUUCCGUCGUUGGAUAUCCUUCUUUACUAUUACUGUCCGCAAGCAUGUCUACAUUUGGAUGUCCUUGGAAUAUCUUCAAGCCAAUGUUUAUCUAAAGAAAAAGAAAAAAGAAAAAAAAAAGAAGAGAAAUGUUUGUCGUACGCAAUUACGAAUGCUUCAUUUCACGUAGGCAAGUCUUAUAAAAAUUAAUGUGAAUAUAAACGAAAAAACUCGAUAAUUACCACCAUGGCGUAGAUAGAUGGUUAAAGUAGAAAGAAUUUUUUUUUAUUUCUAACUCGGUACGCAAUUAUAUGCAAAUUUAGACUUAAUUGAUAUGUUUAGACAUUGGAGUAUGUAAGCAAAGAUGCGUAUAAAAUAAAAUAAACUAAUAAUGUGAUAUAA